AUGGCAAAAUCGUCAGUUAGGCUGAAGCUCUUGGUUGAUACACAAACCAAAAGGGUUCUAUUUGCCGAGGUGGGCAAAGAUUGUGUGGACUUCCUCUUUCACAUGAUGUCGUUGCCGGUGGCCACCAUCAUCAGUCUGCUGAAAUACCAAGGAAUGGAGGGCUCACUAACAAACCUGCAUGGAAGCAUAGAAAAUCUGGAUGCUUCCUAUAUACAACCGAACAAGAGCAAGGAUACCCUCUUGAAACCAUUUGUUCCAGCGCCUGAUUCGUCUGUUCCUGUGCUACUGCUUGGUGAUAAGCCAAUUGAAAAGAAGUUCUAUAGGUGUAGCUGCAACAAUAACAUCACCGAUAACCCGCGGGCAAUUUGUUCAAAUUGCGGCCGUGCAAUGACCAUAGUUGUGGCAUAUGUGGCUAAUCCUCGGGUGCAAGAAACGGAUGAUGAAGGUGGAUUUGUGAAGGGGGUGGUGACUUAUAUGGUUAUGGAUAAUUUGGAGGUGAAGCCCAUGUCCACUAUCUCAAGCAUUACUUUGCUCAACAAAUUUAAUGUUAAGGAAGUGGGAUUAGUGCAGGAAAAAGUGGUGAAUUUGGGCAUGUAUGAGGCUGUGAUACUGCUGAAGGCUUCUCUGCAGUCUGAGAAUGUUCUGACUGAAGUCUUCCUCAAGAGCACUUGGAUUUAG